AUGGCACCUGCCGCCAAUAACAAAACAUCGUCUCCAAGCGCUGGCAAGAAUUCAGAUGCGCGUCGAAACCUCUACGUGCUCGGUCUGCCCUUUGAUCUCACCAAUACUGUCAUGCACGCUGUGAUUCUCGCCACUGUCGAUAACGCAUCUCGCUGUCGCGGGUUCGUGGUAAUGUCAUCUCAUGAGGAAGCCAAACGUGCAAUGAGCUUCCUAGAUGACGCAGACAGGACGAUGAUGCUGGCAUCCUCAAACCCUUCGUCACUUCCGGAAAUGGAGUUCGAUCACCAACCCGCACCUCCAACCAUCAGUUCACCCCAAUGCGCCUUCCUCGAAGCCAGUGACUUGCAUCGUCUGUUCUAUACUUUCGGUCUCAUCAAGGAGGUGAAGCUCAUGGAUUCUGCUAUGCUCGGCAAUGGAACCACAACCGCUCUAGUCGAAUACGUGAAUGUCUUCGAUGCUCAGGAAGCCAAAGAGGCACUUCAACGACAGUUCUUUGGGACCUCACGCCUGGAAGUCCAAUUCAUCCAAGACAAUAUCUAUCCGGUUAAUUCUACUGCUGCCGCGUAUGCCCAGUCUCCCAUGCUACCGAAAACAUCUGAUGCCGGCCUUAAUCCUUGUGCUGCUCCUUUCGUCUUUGGAUCCCGCCACUUGCCACCCUUGGCUUCUGGUCUUAGCGCCGUUGCGCACGAUUCAUUUGUCAACGACCUCAAUCUUGCCAAUAGACCGUCUUUACAUUGGCUAACUCCAGCCGAGAGACCUUCGUCCGGGAGUACGCUUGUCGUGGAGUUACGGCUCAACAGCGUAUAUGUUGAUUUCUGUGAUUGGCCGCUUCUUCGGAUGGAUGUCGAAUUUAACAUCGACCCAGAUGAAUUCCAGGCUCGCAAGCGCAGACGAAUGUCAACCAUGACCACUUCCCUACCUCCACCACCCAAGGUAGCCCCAACCUCUGCUCCUGGGGUACACAAAAUUGCCACCUUCCUCCCUGGUAGGCUUGAGUUCGAACACGAGCUCGAUAAUGAAGCGGAGGAUCUUGUGAAGGAUCUAGAAUUCGGAAUUUGUCAUGCACGAGGUGGUGAUCAGAUUAUGGAAGAUGAGAACGGCCCGGAUGUACGUGCCAGGGCACGAAUGCAGGAAGAGCGCAAAACUGUUGCUGGUUCCAGGAACAGCAGUCAGCCACCCGUCAAUGGUGUCAGUGGCAAUGGACAUCUUUCAAUGAACGUAUCAAGUUCAAAAGCAGAGAUCGUCAAGCUGACUCGCAAUUGCGCAGUGACACUUGCAACCCACUUACUUCCCUGGCUUCGCAACAUCAUCCUCAGCGCGUUCCCUAUGUCUAUCAUCCUUCCUGACCCUCAUCUACACAAAUUUGACUCGAUUCCCGAAAUGGGACCAAUACCACCCGUUCUAUCAGACUUUGCUUCAUGUCUCAAAAGCGCUGACCUCCGCAACAACCUCUAUCAAUACCUCCUUAAUUGUGGAACCCCUUCAUUCCUCACAACACUCUAA